GCGGCCUCGCCGGCGGCUCUAACUCAGACUCUUCGGCUCUCCGGCUCUCUCGCUCUCAUCACCGCUGCCUCUCCAGGCUCCCGGACGCCCCCUGCCCGGCCCAGCUCUCUGUCGUGGCCCCUCGUCCGGGUCCUUUGCCUGAUCCAUCCCUGGGCGCGCCUGAUCGGCCCCGGGUGCAGCGAAGCCAGAGGGGACGCACGCACUGGGAGCCCCUUUGUGGACUUCACGACCGCCAACAUCUGGGCGCAGCGCGGGCCACUGCUGGCCGCCGCCUCGCCUUGGGGACCGUAGGAGGCUCAGCCCCAAGGCCCGAGACUUCGCUACGGGACUAGCCCCCCGGGAUGCGGUAGCGGCCGCUGUGCGGAGGCCGCGAAGCAGCUGCAGCCACCGCCGCGCAGAUCCACGCUGGCUCCGUGCGCCAUGGUCACCCACAGCAAGUUUCCCGCCGCCGGGAUGAGCCGCCCCCUGGACACCAGCCUGCGCCUCAAGACCUUCAGCUCCAAGAGCGAGUACCAGCUGGUGGUGAAUGCCGUGCGCAAGCUGCAGGAGAGCGGAUUCUACUGGAGCGCCGUGACCGGCGGCGAGGCGAACCUGCUGCUCAGCGCCGAGCCCGCGGGCACCUUUCUUAUCCGCGACAGCUCGGACCAGCGCCACUUCUUCACGCUGAGCGUCAAGACCCAGUCAGGGACCAAGAACCUACGCAUCCAGUGUGAGGGGGGCAGCUUUUCGCUGCAGAGUGACCCUCGGAGCACGCAGCCAGUGCCCCGUUUCGACUGUGUACUCAAGCUGGUGCACCACUACAUGCCGCCCCCGGCCACCUCCUCCUUCUCUUUGCCACCCACGGAACCUUCCUCCGAGGUGCCGGAGCAACCACCCGCCCAGGCGCUCCCCGGGAGUACCCCCAAGAGAGCUUACUACAUCUAUUCUGGGGGCGAGAAGAUUCCGCUGGUACUGAGCCGACCUCUCUCCUCCAACGUGGCCACCCUCCAGCAUCUCUGCAGGAAGACCGUCAAUGGCCACCUGGACUCCUAUGAGAAAGUGACCCAGCUGCCUGGACCCAUUCGGGAGUUCCUGGACCAGUAUGAUGCUCCGCUUUAAAGAGCAAAGGGGUUAGAGGGGGGCCUACGUCGGCCACCUCUCCUCCGCCGCACAUGGCACAAGCACAAAAAUCCAGCCCCAAUGGUCGGUAGCUCUCAGUGAGCCAGGGGCAGGUAGGCUUCCCCUCCGGCCCUCCGCUCUGCAGAGCGGGGCAGGCAGGACCCGGAAUGUGUCUGAGGGGAGGGGGAGUUGCCACCUGCUUUCCUUCCCUGGCUCCAGCUUCUCUCUCAAGAGGAGCCAGCUGGCCUGGUGGGACAGUAGCAUUGACAAGUGGACUCUCCUCUUCUUCCCUUCCUCCACAUCCCCUCUGCUUCCCAAGGGAGCGGAGGGAGGGUGGGAGGACACCUCGAGUGUUGGACUAAUGAGAACUGCAGGGGAAUCUUCAAACUUUCCCACGGAACUUGUUUGUGCUUUGAUUUGGUUUAAUCCUGAGUGGGCGCCAGGCCUGGGGGAAAGACGGAAGAGAAGAAAGAGGGUGUGAGAGGGCGGCAGGCUGGCCAAAGAAAUGACCACGCACUGCCCAGCCUAGGUGGGGAGUUGGUGGUUCCUGGCUCUGGGGAGAGAGGCAAGGGGUGACCUGCUGAGAGCCAUUCUGGUGCCAGGCUUCUCUCUCUUGGGGCAGCUAAUGAAACCUCCCAGAGCCCUCCCCGUUGUAAGAGUCAAUGGCACGUGAAGGAUGGGUCAGUUGGCCACCUUUUCCCACGCCAGAGGGGGACAGCUGAACAGAUGAGCCACCUUGGGGCCCAGGUUUCCUUAGACAUGAUGGGGGACUCUUUGCUUCUCCUAUGUCCUGCUAGGAGACUUGCCUUAAAUGCCCUCUGUCCCAUGGAUAGGGAUUGGCACGUGAGGAGCCAAACACAGCCAACCACAGCCAACAGGCAGAGGAGCUGAGGGAUUUACCCCUGUGGCUGCAGGCCAGGGGGAGUGGGUGCAGGGAGGAGACCCUGGCACGCAGGAGACUCCUGGGUGAUCACUGGGAAGAAAUUGGCCAGUCCUAAGCACCUCUUGGUCAGCGGGAUCAGCAGGUCCCAGGGCCUCCCUCCUCACCUGGGGUAAGGGGGAGGCAGGAGGUGAUGGAGAAACCUUCACCUGCCACCCAGCAGUGGUCACUCACAGGAAUGCAGCAGCCAUGGAAUUACCUGGAACUGGUCUUGUUUUGGGGAGAAACAACCAAGUUUUCUGAGUCAGGUAUGGGGCUGGGUGGGGCAGCUGUGUGUUGGGGUGGCUUUUUGCUCUCUGUGUUGUUUUGAAUAAUGUUUACAAUUUGCCUCAAUCACUUUUAUAAAGAUCCACCUCCAGCCCGCCCCUCUCCCCAUUCAGGCCUUUGAGGCUGUUUGAAGAUGCUUGAAAAACUCAACCAAAUCCCAGUUCAACUCAGACUUUGCACAUAUAUUUAUAUUUAUACUCAGAAAAGAAACAUUUCAGUAAUUUAUAAUAAAGAGCACUAUUUUUUAAUGAAAAAAAAAACG